CUUCACUUGGCUCCACUCUCCAUUGAAGAUGUCUGCGUACGGUGGCGCUUGGAUUUACGCAUUUUGGAUUUUAUUUCUAAUCUGUUUUGACGUGGCCAUGUCGUACUAUUCCGAGGACCAGUGCAGUUGGAGAGGAAGUGGGUUGUCCCAGCAGCAAGGCAGCGUGGAGCAGAUCUCCCUGCACUGCUCGGAGGGUACCCUAGACUGGUUGUAUCCUAAAGGGGCACUGCGGCUCACCCUGUCCCCCCGCCUGCCCUAUGUAGCAGUGGGACCUGGGGGCAGUAGUUCAGGUCUCAUCACCGCCUGUGUCAAGCCCUCAGAGCAGUUCCAUGGGGCUCAGCUGUACCUGGAACGGGAUGGGGUGCUGGAGCUCUUGGUUAGCGACCGCCUUGGUACCUCUGCUCCACCUCGAGUCAGGUGUUUCAGCCGGCUGCCAGGGGAAAAGGUGGCACUGUUCCUCCAAGCCACUCCUCACCAGGAUAUCAGCAGAAGGAUUGCGUCUUUCAGAUAUGAACUGAGAGGAGAUUGGAGUGCACAGCUGUCAAUGGACUCCAACCAAGUGACCAGUGAAGAUGCCUGCAGACCUUGCAACAAUACCGAGAUCUUGAUGGCUGUAUGCACUAGCGAUUUUGUGGUGCGUGGAAACAUCCGUUCAGUUGAAGAUGAUGAUACUUUAAGAGCGGCUGUGAUCAAAGUCAGCGCCACACGUGUUUUCCGACAGAAGUACGCCCUCUUCACCAGCGGCAACAGUCGCCUCACCAGCCAGGGCGAGAUCCGGACUCUGUUACAAUGCGGCGUCAAACCUGGACCGGGCAGUUUCCUCUUCACGGGGAGGGUGCAUUUUGGAGAGGCCUGGCUGGGAUGUGCUCCUAGAUACAAGGACUUCCAAGAGGCCUACCUCACGGCUAAAGCUGCUCAGCAAAUACCAUGUGAGCUACCUAUAGACUGACAUAUGCAAUGGGGAAAUCAUGUGUUCCAAAACAGAAACCGCCAGCAUUAACAGCAAGGCGUAA